UGCGACCAGAAAUUCGCAAACCCACCGUGGGGGUGGUGACUCUCUCUCUCGCACUCAUCUCAUCAUCGUCAGUUCAAAAUUUGAAAAUCCUUUCGUUUUCUCUCGCCGAUUCUCAAUUUGCAAACCCUAGAGAGUUUCCCCUUUUCUCCGGAGAUUCGUAAACCCUAUAGUUCGUCGCAGGUACCUCUCUCGCGAUUUUUCGUGCCGAGGCACUACAGACCACCGUAUAUGAUCAGAACUCAAGCGCUCAAGGAUCUUCAAGGCAAUCUUAAUCUGCUCUUUUCCUUUCGCUUUAUGCUUCUGAAAAUUCGGUGAAUGUUAAUGAUCUAUGCUUCUUUGAAUCCGGAAUGAAUGACAAGCUUAUAUAUCUCCCAUUCAUCACGGAAGGUGCUUGUGUCCGUUAAAGGCAUAUACUGUCAGGUGCUAUUGCAUGCCGAUUAUCUUUCAAAGUCAUGAUGGGACCAGCAUCAUAGGGGCUCCUGGUUUGUUGAAUUCAAAUGGCAUCUAGACGAAAUGCACGAUACACACAGCUUCCGGGUGAUGAAGAUGGACUUGCCAAUUGUGGUGGAAGGAGAACUUUUGAUCCCAGAUUUGAUUAUAUGCCAAAAGCGCUUAAUAGAGUGCCAUGGAAAUCCAUAGCACUAGCAGUGUUUCUUCUGCUCCUCGGUUGCUUGCUUCUCUUCCUUGCAUUUUUCAUCUUUACUGGUCACAUGGAAGGAGACAGCUCGCAGGGUUAUGCACUUCUUGUCCUUGGAGUCCUCACUUUCCUCCCUGGCUUCUACGAAACCCGGAUUGCUUACUAUUCAUGGAGGGGUGCCGAAGGCUAUAAUUUCGCUGCCAUUCCAAGUUACUGAAAAACUCGAACACAGCCAUGAUAUUUUCUUGUUUCCCACUUUUCCGGAGUUGGAGAAUUCAAGAAAAAUCUGUGCAUAGAAAGUUGGUUUUGUUGUUUAUAAGUGAGUAAGGAGGAAUGUAGUUCAAGUUUGAAGACUAAUCAUCAUCACCCAGAUUCUCUUUUGUAUACUUGAAGAAUCUGAGUUCCAGCUUUGUUAGUUGUGAUGGAUUCUUUUUAGAUCUCAAGAUUGUGUGUGCUUGUGUGUUUGUCUCUGUGUGUUUUCUGUUGAUCCAAAUUUUGAUUUUUGCACUCUUAUUUUGUUACA